AUGGCUGUUAAUGCACCGACUCACUGCACUCCUCCACUGAGUCGUACCUUACCAACUCGCUCCUCUCUUGCUUUCUUUAAACGGAGACAGCCCAUUUUCUUAAACGAUGCUCCAAACCCCAGAAUCGUUUUAGUUCACUGUGAAAAGCCUAAUUCGGAUGGGUUAGGAUCCAUGAGAUCCGUUGUGGAGUCCGAAUCUAUGAUGGGUGCCUCAUCAGCUUCAUCGGCCAUUGAUUUUCUCACAUUGUGCCAUCGAUUGAAGACCACAAAACGGAAGGGAUGGCUCAACCAUGGGAUAAAGGGUCCUGAAUCAAUUGCUGACCAUAUGUACCGCAUGUCUUUGAUGGCUCUGAUUGCUGGUGAUCUCCCUGGUGUGAAUCGAGAAAGGUGUAUAAAGAUUGCGAUUGUGCAUGACAUUGCAGAAGCUAUUGUUGGAGAUAUAACACCAUCAGAUGGUGUGCCCAAACCAGAAAAGAGUAGGAUGGAGCAAGCGGCAUUAAAUGACAUGUGCGAAGUUCUUGGUGGAGGAAUGAGGGCUGAAGAGAUUAAAGAGUUAUGGGCGGAGUAUGAGAACAAUGCUUCAUUGGAGGCCAACCUUGUCAAAGACUUUGACAAAGUUAAACGAAAGCGGGUUUUGAGUAGUCGAUGGAAAUGGUCGGAAACAGGGUCCGAGUUCUUGUCGCGUCAGUGUAUCCAAGCUACAUAG